AUGGAGAAGGAGGGUGCAAGGACAAGGAAGAUGCCACGGAACACCCAGGCAGGUGAGGAGGAAAGAAGGAGCUGCAGAUGGAGGCCACGGCAGAACCUCGUGGAAGAGGCUGUUUUGAGCAGCUCCACAGCACAGGAAUCAAAGGGGAAAGAAAAGCCCCGGAGAUCACACGCAAGGAGGGGCUGCAAACGCAGAUCACGGGGAUCUGAGGAGGAAAGACCCACCCUGGGCCAGGAAGGCGGCCAGGGAUUGAGCCAGAGCUUGGACUUGGUGGUCCAUGAGCAGCUUCAUGAUGGCGGGAAGCCCCACAAGUGCUUGGAGUGUGGGAAGAGCUUCAGCCGGAGCUCCAGCUUGAUCUGCCACCAGAUUAUCCACACUGGGGAACAACCCUAUGAGUGUGGGGAAUGUGGGAAGAGCUUCAGCCAGAGCUGCACCCUCAUCUGUCACCAGGUGGUCCACACUGGGGAGAAGCCCUAUGAGUGUGAUCAGUGCAGGAAGAGGUUUCAGCUCAGCUCUAGUCUCCUUGUGCACCAGCGCACGCACACAGAGGAGAGGCCCUUCCGCUGCCCCAACUGUGGGAAGGGCUUCAGGCAAAAUGCCCAUCUUGUCAGGCACCGGCGCAUCCACACUGGGGAGAGGCCCCAUGAGUGUGAGGAAUAUGGGAUGAGCUUCAGCUGGAGCUCACACCUGAUCCGCCACCAGAGGACCCACACUGGGGAGCGGUCCUAUGAGUGUGGGGAAUGUGGGAAGAGCUUCAGACAGAGUACCAACCUGAUCCAGCACCAGAACAUUCACACUGGGAAGAGGCCCUACAAAUGUGGGGAAUGUGGGAAGGGCUUCAGCCAGCGUGCCAACCUGGUCCAGCACCAGGUCAUCCACACUGGGGAGAGGCCCUACAAGUGUUCAGAAUGUGGGAAGGGGUUUCGGAUCAGCUCACAUCUCCUCAUACACCGUCAGACUCACACAGAGGAGAGGCCCUUCCACUGUCACGACUGUGGGAAGGGAUUAAUGUACAACUCCACCCUCAUCAACCAGCAGCGGAUUCACACAAAGGAGAGGCCUUUCUGCUGCCCUGACUGCGGGAAGGGCUACAAGCACAAUUCCUCCCUGAUCAGCCAUCGGUGCAUCCACACAGGGAAGAGACCCUAUGAGUGUCCACAGUGUGGGAAGAGCUUCUCACAGAGCUCAGCCUUGACCAAGCACCAACAGAGCCACCAGUAAGGAAAGCCCUGUGAGUCCCCCGAUUUCAGGAAGAGCUUCGUAUGCUGCUCCAACUCCAUUCCCCACUGGAGGACCCUUGUUGGGAAGAGCCCUGGUGACCCACAUUCCCUUUGAUCCAUGUUGGGAAGGCACCUAGCUGGUUAUCCUUUUGUUUUGGCUUUCAUUUUCUUCUGAUUCAUUUUCAUCCCUUAAAAACAGGCAAAACAGGCUUGAAAAGAAAGAAACUGAUCAAAGAUA